GCGUCUGCUCUCACUGCCCGAGCUGCCGCUGCUGCUGUUGUUGCUUAACGGGGGGAGUGGGGGGUAGGAGGGUGCGCAACUCCGAGCAACUUUAAUCGCUCGCUUGCUUAAACUACGUAGCAGUAACUUUGUAAGAGCGCCACCGGCCAAUGAGUUGGGCAGGACGAGCUACAGCACCUGCAGUGAUUUUUUUUAUUUUGUUUGUGCGUAACAAGCGGGCGUAGUCUUUGUGUUCGCGAUAACUGCGGUUGUAAGUGGUAGGUGAGCGACGUGUGAGUCUUUCAAUGUCACGAAAGUUGCGGGCUCCUGACGUGUGCGCAGACUGCAGCGCAGGCGACCCCGGCUGGGCAUCGAUAAACCGUGGCGUGCUCGUCUGCGAUGAGUGCUGCAGCGUGCACCGCUCCCUGGGCCGUCACAUCUCCCAGGUCAAGCACCUGCGGCACAGCAACUGGCCGCCCUCCCUCCUCCAGACAGUGCAGGCCCUUGUGACCAGUGGCGCCAACUCCAUCUGGGAGCACUCCCUGCUGGACCCCGUGCAGAUACAGAGUGGCCGACGCAAGCCCAACCCUCAGGAUAAGAUCCACCCCACCAAGGCUGAGUACAUCCGGGCCAAAUACCAGCUGCUGGCAUUCGUGCACCGCUUCUCAUCUCGAGAUGACGAGAGCGUUACUGCCGAGGACAUCAGUAAGCAACUGCACUCGAGUGUGCGAACUGGGAACCUGGAGACCAGCCUGCGGCUGCUGUCCCUGGGGGCCUAUGCAAACUUCUUCCACACGGAUAAGGGCUCCACUCCUCUCCACGUGGCAGCCAAGGCUGGGCAGACGCUUCAGGCAGAGCUGCUGGUGGGAUACGGCGCAGACCCUGGGGCUCUGGACAUGAAUGGAAAAACCCCCGUGGUAUACGCACGGCUCGCAGGGUAUCAUGAGCUGGCUGAGAGGCUGAUGGAGUGUCAGUAUGAGCUGACGGAUCGCCUGGCCUUCUACCUUUGUGGAAGGCGUCCCGACCACAGGAGUGGCCAGCACUUCAUCAUCCCACAGAUGGCUGACAGAAGGACACCAAACCUGGAUCUCUCCGAGUUGGCUAAAGCUGCAAAGAAAAAGCUUCAGGCUCUGAAUAAUCACCUUUUUGAGGAGCUGGCAAUGGAUGUGUACGAUGAGGUGGAUCGCAGGGAAACUGACGCAGUGUGGCUUGCAACGCAGAACCACAGCAUGCUGCUGAGCGAGCGCACUGUGGUGCCGUUCCUGCCCGUCAACUCGGAGUACUCAUCAACGAGAAACCAGGGCCGGCAGAAGCUCGCACGCUUCAACGCUCGCGAGUUUGCGACGCUCAUCAUCGACAUCCUGAGCGAUGCCAAGAGAAGGCAGCAAGCCGUGACCGCUCUAGGGCCCAAAGACGUUCACCUGACGAACCGGAACGAGGACGCUCCUCCCGCGGACGACCAGCCCGACUACGACAGCGUCGCCUCGGACGAGGAGCCCGACUCGGAGCAGGGCCCCCACGGCAGGGGCGGCCGCAGCAAGAAUGCCGCAUUUCCGAACGACACGGAUGGCCCCGUCGCCAUCCGGGAAUUGCUGGAUGUCAAGAAUGCCCUGGCAGCGUCUGAGGCCAAGGUGCAACAGCUGCUGAAGGUCAACAGCUUCCUCAACGAGGAGCUGCAGCACCUGCAGCACGAGGUCAGGAAACUGCACAGCGAGAACGCGGCGCUUCGGCAGCAGUACAACACCAGCGUUUACCAGAACCACAGCACCCCUUCCUCUGCCCCAUCCACGACUCCACCGCUCGCUCCGCUCGAUCGCAACGAUGUUGGGCCGCGGAGGGUGUGUCGGCCGUUCUCCAUGUACGAGACGGGACACCGCGCCUACCACCCCGCCGGGGACUCCGCGGCUCCAGGGGAGGUGCCCGCAUUCCAGAGCAGCCAGCCCUUCCAAAACAGCUUCUCACCACCACGCUACGUAGGGGUGGUGCCAGGCUGCAUGGCUCCAGCUGGAAGAGGGCCUCUCGCAAAUGCCGUGUCCUUUCCGUCGUCGCCCAACCUCGUGUCCUGGGGCCAAGAGACUCCGCGCCUGGUGGUCACCUACCAGCACACCUGGACACAGGCAUCAAAACUGGACAAGAGACUGAGUGCUGCUGGAAGCGACUAUGACAACACUCCAAAUGAAGAGGAGCAAAAUAACACAGGCAGCGGGACCAGCAUUGACACGGAGCGGGUGAGGUGCGACGGGCAGGCCGGCGCCUCCCCGCUCGGGGAUGGCGCCGGCGCGGCGCAGUGUCAGGAGUUGAGCGGAGACGUGGACCCUUCGCUUCCCAGCCCCGAGGACGUGAUCCACAAGACGGAGCACAUCACCAAGAACAUCCAGGAGCUGCUGCGCGCGGCGCAGGAGAGCAAGCACGAGAGCAAGCAGCUGGAGAGGGACAAUCUACGGCGCUUCAGGCACAGCCUGGGGUGCUUCAGCAGCCUGGUGCUGUGGGGCGAUCGCCCCAUGCCCCACCAGCCCACUCUGCAGCCACACAGGCCUAGCUCUCUCGACUGCUUUGUGCCGUGUUCAGAAAAAAUAUCUGCAGCAGUAUACGAGAUGGCAGCUCUAUUCCCUAAGAGGCCGGCGCUGGAGGCCGUGCGCUCCUCGCUGCGGCUGCUCACGAGCAGCGCCGCCCGCCUCGCCGCCGAGUGCCGCAAGACGGCCGCACCGUGGGGCCCCGGCAUGCCUCCUGUGGACCUGCAGCUGCUCACGCAGCAGGUGAUCCAAUGCGCCUACGACAUCGCCAAGGCCGCCCGCCAGCUCGUCGCCAUCACCACCAACGAGGGCGGCCAGUGACCACCGUGUCCGACCCCGAGGCCCACCUCCGUGCGGGUUGGGCUCGCUGGGAAAUGCUGAAGGGCGGGUGGCUGGAUUUGAGGCCUCUUACACCUCUUUUCCAACUGUACAACCGAACCGCACCAAGGCCGUGUCGAGCCAGUCCGGCACGGCUCUGGAGGUGCCCAGGUUGAUCUUUCACUGCGGAAGCCGGGUCGUGCCAUUGCCGUCAAACGCGGUGAACGCGGUGAACGUGUUGAAAUGCGUGUAUUUGAUUUGCUUGACGCUACGUCCUCAGUGUAGUGACUAACAUCACACACAAUGAAUGGAUCAUUAGACAAUACCCUUGGUCCUGCUUAAUUCAAAAUGUCAUGCGAGGCCCCCACCAUACCAUGGUUUGGUUCCAGCUUGGCAUGGCGGGUAGGCAGUGGAAAAAACCCACCUUGUACAGUGAAGGGCCCGGGCUGGCGUGGCUCGGAUGUGCAAGUGGAACGUGGGUAUUAGAUACCUGGGCCUAAUCGCCUGGGCAUAAAAAAGCAAUAAUAAAUGCAUGAGCAAACAUUGUAUUAUUGAUCUCAGGCACUGUGUGGUCACUGGCGACCGCACAGAUGUGGCCCAUCUGACAGUUUGUUUUGACUCGGUGGUUACUCAUCUCUGGGAGUAUAAAGCAGUGACGAAUGUGAAAUGGCUAAUGUCUGCAGCAGCUGCUGCGUGUUGUGGCCAGUGUGGUUUAUGCUAUGACAAGCAGUCUUGUGAUGUCUUGGGUCGGGAAAGCUUUCCUAAUCGAGUAUGUGAGCAUUUGUCUUUUUUGGUGGACAUUGAAAGUAUGGAAAUGGUAAAUGCCGUGAUAUAUUUCGCAAUAUCGCGAAACAUAGAUUUUUUUAAUUAUAAAAAAAAUAACAUGCAUACGUGGCAUUAACUUCCUAAAUUAUAUAUUCUAGAGUUGCAAUUCUUUGGGAGGUAAGGGGGGGGACAUGGGUUAUUUUGGUAAUCUUCAACUUUGUACUUUUUUAUGCCAUGGGAUAUCCUUUAACUCAAAAGGCAAAUCAUUUUAGUGACUCUUUGAGCUCUGCUCAUUAUGCCUGCUUGUUUAGUGCUCUUUGUCCGUAGAUGACUCGGCUUCAUCGUGCUGCUUUGCCUGUGUGCUUGUACUUGAAUUGCUGACUUACUGUUAUUUGACUCGGACUUUGAUGUUUCAUCAUAGACUAUGACAGUGGUUUAUAUGGCCACUUUCAAUGGACAGCGACCACAGCAGUAUCUUAUGAUGAGUUUUACUCGGUGAAUUUUGGAAUAAUACUGGAAUUGUUCCUUUUUUAGAAGGCAAUUUUAUUAAAUGUGUGUUUAAUAAAAUUAUAAUACUCUGUGCUAUGCUGCUGAAUAUAGCAAAUGUGGUUUCUUUAUACAGGGCUUGAUUAUGUCCCCCUUUUUAAAAAUCAAUCUCUCCAAAAACGUCCCUUGAUUUAUGACCUUGGUUUCUGACCAGAACACUCAUUCCUAGCCCUGGUUGAUUCGUGGUAUAAGUGAUGCUAAGCUGCAUUUUUUUGUAGAGUUGAAGCUGAAAUGUUGCCAAGAAAGUCGCCUGACUAAAGGGCUCAUGACGACGGCUAAUGCAAGUCUGAUCUCAGAUCUCCGAAGCUAAACAGGACAGAGCCUAGUUAGUACUUGGAUGGGUAACUGCCAGGGCUUGCCAGGUGUUGUUGCCAUGAGGCUGUGAGGUGGACAGGAGAUUACAGCAAUCCUGCAAACCCACGGAAUGUUGCAAUCUUGCAUGCAGAUGUGUUCUCCGAGUACUCCGGUUUCUUCCUGCAAGCCAAAAAAAUAAUUAUAGGAAUUGGCAAAACAUCCAAAUUCAGGACCCUCUUGACAAAAAAAAUGUUGAGACUUUCCUGACUAAGUAAUUGCCAUUUAAAGCUUUCGUGACUGCAAGGAUUCAUCUUCUUUGGUUCUUUCGGUAAAGUCACGUAGAAUGAGAAUAAAAUAAUAAAUUGAUAAAAUAAAAUAACAAUAAUAUUCUUACGACGUUUCUCAUUCUACGUGACUUUACCGAAAGAACCAAAGAAGAUAAGUAAUUGCCGUUCUUUAAUUGUAAGAAGCAUACUUUUCCCAUAAUACAGGUAAAAAGGUCUCAAAGUUAAAUCAAUCUCUUUAUAUAUUUAUGUAUAACUGGUCGUUUUAUUCCCCGCAUAGGUGCAAAAAUGUCGCUAAGUUUUCUUAAGUUGGGUCCAGUUCUAUUAACGACCACAUUGAGAGUGGGAGCUCUGACGUGGGUCUUGUUAACAGGACGGCAGUGCCUUCACAAUCGCAAUAAAAGUGCCAUAUUUUGACGUAUAAGAAUAAAAACCCUGUUCUAAAUCUG